GACCUCCACUACAGAGUCUUGUGACCUUGCUAUACAGUCUUACACCGGUGAUUAUAGGACUAACGUGCGCUGUCAUGUGUUGCCCCACAUUACUAAAUGUCUGCCCUCGUCUUAUAUAGAUACAACAAACAUACCUAUACCUACCGGAAUACUACUGGCUGAUCCUUCCUUCAAUGAGCCUGCGGCCAUAGAUAUUCUCGUAGGUGCUGAAUUCUUUUGGGACGUAUUAGGUACAAAAACCAUAGACUUAGGUAAACGUCAACCUAAGUUACAUAAUUCUAAAUUAGGCUGGCUCUUAUCCGGGUGUGUUUAUAAUAAUAAUAUUCCCCAUAGCCAAUCUUAUCUUUGCCAUUUCACCGACACAUCACGCACUGAACCCAGUCUUACGCGUUUUUGGGAACUUGAUUCAGUGUCUUCUAAACAUUGCUUAUCUUUUGAAGAAAACAAAUGCGAGGAACAUUUUAAAAAUAACACUUGUCGUGACGUUGAUGGUGGGUUUAUUGUUACCAUGCCGCUGAAGGAAUCUCCUGAAGUCUUAGGCAAUUCUUACACAAUAGCCAAGCGUCGUCUCUUAUCUUUAGAACGCAAAUUAGACAAAGACCCUAAUCUUAAACAUAGAUACCAUGAAUUUAUGCGAGAAUAUCUUGACUUAGGACACAUGACUGAGAAUAAUAAUACUUAUGUACCUAAUGAAACUAAUUAUUUCCUUCCGCAUCACGGAGUCAUUCGCGAGUCUAGUAGCUCAACGAAAUUGCGCGUGGUUUUUGAAGCCAACGUGCCUUCAAGCUCAGGAAAGUCCCUAAACGACAUACAGCGUGUUGGCCCCACGGUACAGGAUGAUCUUUUUUCAAUCAUUUUACGUUUUCGGCAGCAUAAAUUUGUAGUGACCGCGGACAUUGAAAAAAUGUACCGUGCUAUAUGGCUUAAUCCCGUUCAACGCCCUUUGCAGCAGAUUUUAUUCAGAUUCGAUGCCAACGAACCCAUAAAAUCAUACACCCUGAACACCGCGACUUAUGGAACAGCCUCCGCGCCCUAUCUAGCCACGAAAUGUCUGGUGUCCCUCGCUGAGACAACCAGUGAUGCUCGCGUACAAGAGGCCAUUAGGCAUGACUUUUUUGUCGAUGAUUAUUUAGGGGGUGGGGACUCAGUAGAAUCCGUCGUUGAGGUUAGUAAGGGCAUCAUUGAAACAUUAAAAUCGGCGCAAUUUAAUCUACGUAAAUGGCAAUCAAAUAACUUUGAAAUCCUCAAACAAAUUUCAGAAUUACAGGGUGAUCCUAAUGUCACACUUAACCUUGAUAAUUCGCCUUCUAAAACUUUAGGUGUAUAUUGGAACUCUUCUUCAGAUAACCUAUACUUUGAGAUAAACAUAAAAGCUGGUAAUAAAAUUACUAAGCGGACCAUACUUUCAUUGAUAAGUCAAGUUUUUGAUCCCUUAGGUUUAGUAGGCCCUUGUACAGUCGAAACUAAAAUUCUCAUACAAAAACUUUGGAUCAACAAAUAUGAGUGGGAUCAGGAAGUUCCACAACAUAUAAAAACAUUAUUUCACGAAAUCAUUAACUCCUUACAUAACUUAAACCAAUUUAACAUUCCUCGCUGGGCGUUCUCAGAUAACAUAAUAAAAACAGAAAUCCAUACAUUUUCAGAUGCUUCCGAGCGGGCAUAUGGCUCAUGUGUCUAUAUAAGGACCAUCAGAAAUGAUGGUACAGCGCACGUUUGUCUUCUAACCUCGAAAAACAAGGUGGCUCCCAUCAAACCCACCACCAUCCCUCGACUCGAGCUUUGCGGAGCCCUGUUAGGCACAAGGCUCUGUAAAAAGUGAAGGCGGUGCACAUCGAGCUCGUCUCGUCUCUCACGAAGGAGGCAUACCUGGCUGCGUUAAAUCGCUUCAUGGCUCGCCGGGGAAGGCCCCAGACCAUUUAUUCGGACCACGGUUCCAACUUUAUUGGUGGUUUUAACGAGCUCUCAGAUCUUUUUAGAAACUCACUUAGCGACAUUCCAACCAUUCUAUCACAUGACGAAAUUGAUUUUAAAUUUAUUCCUCCAUAUAGCCCCCAUUUCGGCGGAAUUUGGGAGGCGGCUGUCAAAUCUGUCAAACACCACUUGCGGCGUGUUCUUGCCCUAGCUCAUCUCACUUAUGAAGAAAUGAUCACUUGCCUGAAUCAGAUAGAGGCCAUUUUAAAUUCACGUCCCUUAACACCUCUAUCUUCUGAUCCUUCCGAUCUUUCAUUUCUUUCCCCCUCCCACUUCCUCAUUGGACGACCGCUCACGUCGGUUCCUUAUCCUCAGGUGUCGGACUCCAACGUGCAUCGCCUGGACCGCUUCCAACGCAUCGAAUUCCUGCGGCAGCACUUCUGGAAGCGAUACUGCGCAGAGUACGUGACCUUGCUCCAGCAGAAGACGAAGUGGCUCACGUCGACGGGACACCUACAAGUCGGAUCCCUUGUCUUGGUCAAGGACAAGACGCAACCCCCCUUGAUGUGGCUCAUGGGACGGAUCGUCCAGCUACAUCCCGGCAAAGACGGAGUCAGCAGAGUGGCAGACAUAGAGACCAAACGAGGCAUAAUUCAACGGGCCUACAACAAUAUCUGUCCUCUACCCUUGGACUGUUGAAUACCUCAACGGCGGGGAGCUUGUUGCGGCUAUUGAAGCUGGCAACAUCGGUGCAAGAGGAGGAGCGCGGGGAGCGGCGACACCACCUAUAAAUGCGUCAUCUUCGGUUGUCCGGACCCUCUUACCCUCUUACCUUUCGGACGCACGAUCUUUUCAUACAUACAUAUUUGUCAUACAACCAUUGUAAACCAGACAUUAAAUUAUUCAUACCAUAAAA